CCUGAGGCUAUUCUCCAACGAUGAUUGAGUCCAUUAAGCACCGAUUUGGGAGGAUUUAUUCCGGGUCAAUUUUUGGCAGAUUCCAAAGGGGUACCAUCACAGAUUUCGGGCGAUUUAUCCGAAAUGCCAUUUUCUUUCGAUUCUCGAAGCUACAGAUCACGGAAUCAGGCCGAGGCUAUUCUCCACCGAUAAUGAAGUCUAUUGAUCCUAUUCUCCGCAGAUGAUAAGUCUGUCAAUCAUCGAUUUGUGCCAAUUUAUUUUCGGAUUGCAUUUUAGUAAUUUUUUGGGCGACGAAAGGCCAUUUUCAGUGGAUAUUGAAUGCUACAGAUCACGGAUUCGGCCUUAGGCUAUUCUCCAACUAUGAUUGAGUCCAUUAAGUACCGAUUUGGGAGGAUUUAUUCCGGGUAAAUUUUUGGCAGAUUCCAAAGGGAUACCAUCACAGAUUUCUGGCGAUUUAUCCGAAAUGCCAUUUUCUUUCGAUUCUGGAGGCUACAAAUCACGGAAUCAGGCCGAGCCUAUUCUCCACCGAUAAUGAAGUCUAUUGAUCCUAUUCUCCACGGAUGAUAAGUCUGUUAAGCAUCGAUUUGGGCCAAUUUAUUUUCGGAUGGCAUUUUUGUAAUUUCUUUGGCGACGAAAUGCCAUUUUCAUUGGAUAUUGAAUGCUACAGAUCACAGAUUCGGCCUGAGGCUAUUCUCCAACGAUGAUUGAGUCCAUUAAGCACCGAUUUGGGCGGAGUUAUUCCGGGUCAAUUUUUGGCAGAUUCCAAAGGGGUACCAUCACAGAUUUCAGCCGAUUUAUCCGAAAUGACAUUUUCUUUCGAUUCUGGAGGCUACAGAUCACGGAAUCAGGCCGAGGCUAUUCUCCACAGAUAAUGAAGUCUAUUGAUCCUAUUCUCCACGGAUGAUAAGUCCGUUAAGCAUCGAUUUGGGCCAAUUUAUUUUCGGAUGGAAUUUUCGUAAUUUCUUAGGCGACGAAUGGCUAUUUUCAUUGGAUAUUGAAGGCUACAUAUCACGGAUUCGGCCUGAGGCUAUUCUCCAACGAUGAUUGAGUCCAUUAAGCACCGACUUGGUCGGAUUUAUUCCGGGACAAUUUUUAGCAGAUUCCAAAGGGGAACCAUCACAGAUUUCGGGCGAUUUAUCCGAAAUGCCAUUUUCAUUCGAUUCUGUAGGCUACAGAUCAAGGAAUCAGGCCGAGGCUAUUCUCCACCGAUAAUGAAGUCUAUUGAUCUUAUUCUCCACGGAUGAUAAGUCCGUUAAGCAUCGAUUUGGGCCAAUUUAUUUUCGGAUGGCACUUUCGUAAUUUCUUGUGCGACGAAAAGCCAUUUUCUUUGGAUAUUGAAGGCUACAGAUUACGAAUUCGGCCUCAGGCUAUUCUCCAACGAUGAUUGAGUCCGUUAUGCACCGAAUUGGGCUAAUUUAUUCCGGGUUAAUUUUUGGCAGAUUCCAAAGGGGUACUAUCACAGAUUUCGGGCGAUUUAUUCGAAAUGCCAUUUUCUUUUGAUUAUGGAGGCUACAGAUCACGGAAUCAGGCCAUGGCUAUUCUCCACCAAUAAUGAAGUCUAUUGAUCCUAUUCUCCACGGAUGAUAUGUCCGUUAAGCAUCGAUUUGGGCCAAUUUAUUUUCGGAUUGCAUUUUAGUAAUUUCUUGGGCGACAAAAGGCCAUUUUCAUUGGAUAUUGAAUGCUGCAGAUCACGGAUUCGGCCUUAGGCUAUUUUCCAACGAUGAUUGAGUCCAUUAAGCACCGAUUUGGGCAGAUUUAUUCCGGGACAAUUUUUGGCAUAUUCCAAAGGGGUACCAUCACAGAUUUCGGGCGAUUUAUUCGAAAUGCCAUUUUCUUUCGAUUCUGGAGGCUACAGAUCACGGAAUCAGGCCGAGGCUAUUCUCCACCGAUAAUGAAGUCUAUUGAUCCUAUUCUCCAUUGAUGAUAAGUCUGUUAAGCAUCGAUUUGGGCCAAUUUAUUUUCGGAUGGCAUUUUCGUAAUUUCUUUGGCGACGAAAUGCCAUUUUCAUUGGAUAUUGAAUGCUACAGAUCACAGAUUCGGCCUAAGGCUAUUGUCCAACGAUGAUUGAGUCCAUUAAGCACCGAUUUGGGCGGAUUUGUUCAGGGUCAAUUUUUGGCUGAUUCCAAAGAUUUCGGGAGAUUUAUCCGAAAUGCCAUUUUCUUUCUAUUCUGGAGGCUACAGAUCACCGAAUCAGGCCGAGCCUAUUCUCCACCGAUAAAUAAGUCUAUUGAUCUUAUUCUCCACGGAUGAAAGUCUGUUAAGCAUCGACUUGGGCCAAUUUAUUUUCGGAUGGCAUUUUCGUAAUUUCUAUGGCUACGAAAGGCCAUUUUCAUUGGAAAUUGAAGGCUACAGAUCACGGAUUCGGCCUGAGGCUAUUCUCCAACGAUGAUUGUAUCCAUUAAGCACCGAUUUGGGCGGAUUUAUUCCUGGUCAAUUUUUUAGCAGAUUCCAAAGAGGUACCAUCAUAGAUUUCGGUCGAUUUUACCGAAAUGCCAUUUUCUUUCGAUUCUGGAGGCUAUAGAUCACGGAAUCAGGCCGAGGCUAUUCUCCACCGAUAAUGAAGUCUAUUGAUCCUUUUCUCCACGGAUGAUAAGUCCGUUAAGCAUCGAUUUGGGCCAAUUUAUUUUCGGAUGGCAUUUUCGUAAUUUCUUGAGCGACGAAAGGGCAUUUUCUUUGGAUAUUGAAGGCUACAGAUUAAGGAUUCGGCCUGAGGCUAUUCUCCAACGAUGAUUGAAUCUAUUAAGCACCGAAUUGGCGGAUUUAUUCCGGGUCAAUUUUUGGCAGAUUCCAAAGGGGAACUAUCACAGAUUUCGGGCGAUUUAUUCGAAAUGCCAUUUUCUUUUGAUUAUGGAGGUUACAGAUCACGGAAUCAGGCCGAGACUAUUCUCCACCGAUAAUGAAGUCUAUUGAUCCUAUUCUCCACGGAUGAUAAGUCCGUUAAGCAUCGAAUCGGGCCAAUUUAUUUUCGGAUAGCAUUUUCGUAAUUUCUUGGGCGACGAAAGGCCAUUUUCUUUGGAUAUUGAUGGCUACAUAUUACGGAUUCGGCCUCAGGCUAUUCUCCAACGAUGAUUGAGUCCAUUAAGCACCUAAUUGGGCGGAUUUAUGCCGGGUCAAUUUUUGGUAGAUACCAAAGGGGUACCAUCAUGAUUUCGGGCGAUUUAUCCGAAAUGCCAUUUUCUUUCGAUUCUGGAGGGUACAGAUCACGGAAUCAGGCCGAGGCUAUUCUCCACCGAUAAUGAAAUCUAUUGAUCCUAUUCUCCACGGAUGAUAAGUCCGUUAAGCAUCGAUUUGGGCCAAUUUGUUUUCGGAUGGCAUUUUUGUAAUUUCUUGGGCGACGAAAGGCCAUUUUCUUUGGAUAUUGAUGGCUAUAGAUUACGGAUUCGGCCUAAGGCUAUUAUCCAACGAUGAUUGAGUCCAUUAAACAUUGAAUUGGGCGGAUUUAUGCCGGGUCAAUUUUUGGCAGAUUCCAUAGCGGUACCAUCAUGAUUUCGGGCGAUUUAUCCGAAAUGCCAUUUUCUUUCGAUUUUGGAGGCGGAAUCAGGCCGAGGCUAUUCUCCACCGAUAAUGAAGUCUAUUGAUCCUA